AUGACCUCAGCAGAAGAGCACCAGUACAGAUCAACAGGGCCCAACCUCUUUCCCUCUGGUGUACAGUCAACAAGGCCCAACCCCUUUCCCUCUGGUGUACAGUCAACAAGGCCCAACCCCUUUCCCUCUGGUGUACAGUCAACAAGGCCCAACCCCUUUCCCUCUGGUGUACAGUCAACAGGGCCCAACCUCUUUCCCUCUGGUGUACAGUCAACAAGGCCCAACCCCUUUCCCUCUGGUGUACAGUCAACAAGGCCCAACCCCUUUCCCUCUGGUGUACAGUCAACAAGGCCCAACCCCUUUCCCUCUGGUGUACAGUCAACAAGGCCCAACCCCUUUCCCUCUGGUGUACAGUCAACAAGGCCCAACCCCUUUCCCUCUGGUGUACAGUCAACAAGGCCCAACCCCUUUCCCUCUGGUGUACAGUCAACAAGGCCCAACCCCUUUCCCUCUGGUGUACAGUCAACAAGGCCCAACCCCUUUCCCUCUGGUGUACAGUCAACAAGGCCCAACCCCUUUCCCUCUGGUGUACAGUCAACAAGGCCCAACCCCUUUCCCUCUGGUGUACAGUCAACAAGGCCCAACCUCUUUCCCUCUGGUGUACAGUCAACAAGGCCCAACCCCUUUCCCUCUGGUGUACAGUCAACAAGGCCCAACCCCUUUCCCUCUGGUGUACAGUCAACAAGGCCCAACCCCUUUCCCUCUGGUGUACAGUCAACAUUGGACCUGACCUCAACUUCCACCAAAAUGCUGCAGGACGACACUAAAGUGCAGUUAUGCAGAACAUGUUGGCCUUUUGUUCAGCCCACAUCUGUUUUUUUCCACAAAUUCCCUUUUCUUUGGAUAUGUAGUCCAUAUACAGUGAUAUGUAUUCUAUAUACAGUGAUAUGUAGUCCAUAUACAGUGAUAUGUAUUCUAUAUACAGUGAUAUGUAGUCCAUAUACAGUGAUAUGUAUUCCAUAUACAGUGAUAUGUAUUCCAUAUACAGUGAUAUGUAUUCCAUAUACAGUGUUAUUCCAUAUACAGUGAUAUGUAGUCCAUAUACAGUGAUAUGUAUUCCAUAUACAGUGAUGUGUAUUCCAUAUACAGUGUUAUUCCAUAUACAGUGUUAUUCCAUAUACAGUGAUAAGUAUUCCAUAUACAGUGAUAUGUAUUCCAUAUACAGUGAUAUGUAUUCCAUAUACAGUGAUAUGUAGUCCAUAUACAGUGAUAUGUAUUCCAUAUACAGUGAUAUGUAUUCCAUAUACAGUGAUAUGUAUUCCAUAUACAGUGAUAUGUAGUCCAUAUACAGUGAUAUGUAUUCCAUAUACAGUGAUACGUAGUCCAUAUACAGUGAUAUGUAGUCCAUAUACAGUGAUAUGUAUUCCAUAUACAGUGAUAUGUAGUCCAUAUACAGUGAUAUGUAGUCCAUAUACAGUGAUAUGUAUUCCAUAUACAGUGAUAUGUAUUCCAUAUACAGUGAUAUGUAUUCCAUAUACAGUGAUAUGUAUUCCAUAUACAGUGAUUUGCAUUGGGGGCAUUGAUAUGUAUUCCAUAUACAGUGAUAUGUAGUCCAUAUACAGUGAUAUGUAGUCCAUAUACAGUGAUAUGUAUUCCAUAUACAGUGAUAUGUAUUCCAUAUACAGUGAUAUGUAGUCCAUAUACAGUGAUAUGUAGUCCAUAUACAGUGAUAUGUAGUCCAUAUACAGUGAUAUGUAGUCCAUAUACAGUGAUAUGUAUUCCAUAUACAGUGAUAUGUAUUCCAUAUACAGUGAUAUGUAGUCCAUAUACAGUGAUAUGUAGUCCAUAUACAGUGAUAUGUAUUCCAUAUACAGUGAUAUGUAUUCCAUAUACAGUGAUAUGUAUUCCAUAUACAGUGAUAUGUAUUCCAUAUACAGUGAUUUGCAUUGGGGGCAUUGAUAUGACCUAGGAAAUAAAUUGUAAAACCCUCAAAGAUCGGACACUUUUUUUCUUCCAUUUCCUCCUAAAAUAACAACCCAACUCUAACUGUCUGUAGCUCAGGACCCAACUCUAACUGUCUGUAGCUCAGGACCCAAAUCUAACUGCCUGUAGCUCAGGACCCAACUCUAACUGUCUGUAGCUCAGGACCCAAAUCUAACUGUCUGUAGCUCAGGACCCAAAUCUAACUGCCUGUAGCUCAGGACCCAAAUCUAACUGUCUGUAGCUCAGGACCCAAAUCUAACUGCCUGUAGCUCAGGACCCAAAUCUAACUGCCUGUAGCUCAGGACCCAAAUCUAACUGUCUGUAGCUCAGGACGCAAAUCUAACUGCCUGUAGCUCAGGACCCAACUCUAACUGUCUGUAGCUCAGGACCCAAAUCUAACUGCCUGUAGCUCAGGACCCAACUCUAACUGUCUGUAGCUCAGGACCCAAAUCUAACUGCCUGUAGCUCAGGACCCAAAUCUAACUGUCUGUAGCUCAGGACCCAAAUCUAACUGCCUGUAGCUCAGGACCCAAAUCUAACUGCCUGUAGCUCAGGACCCAAAUCUAACUGUCUGUAGCUCAGGACGCAAAUCUAACUGCCUGUAGCUCAGGACCCAACUCUAACUGUCUGUAGCUCAGGACCCAAAUCUAACUGCCUGUAGCUCAGGACCCAAAUCUAACUGUCUGUAGCUCAGGACCCAAAUCUAACUGUCUGUAGCUCAGGACCCAAAUCUAACUGCCUGUAGCUCAGGACCCAAAUCUAACUGCCUGUAGCUCAGGACCCAACUCUAACUGCCUGUAGCUCAGGACCCAACUCUAACUGCCUGUAGCUCAGGACCCAAAUCUAACUGCCUGUAGCUCAGGACCCAAAUCUAACUGCCUGUAGCUCAGGACCCAACUCUAACUGUCUGUAGCUCAGGACCCAAAUCUAACUGCCUGUAGCUCAGGACCCAAAUCUAACUGCCUGUAGCUCAGGACCCAACUCUAACUGUCUGUAGCUCAGGACCCAAAUCUAACUGCCUGUAUCUCAGGACCCAAAUCGAACUGUCUGUAGCUCAGGAACCAAAUCUAACUGCCUGUAUCUCAGGACCCAACUCUAACUGUCUGUAGCUCAGGAACCAAAUCUAACUGCCUGUAGCUCAGGACCUGAAAUAGCAACCCAAAUCUAACUGCCUGUAGCUCAGGACCUGAAAUAACAACCCAACUCUAACUGCCUGUAGCUCAGGACCUGAAAUAACAACCCAACUCUAACUGCCUGUAGCUCAGGACCCAAAUCUAAUUAGAGAGCAUAAAGUAGACGGCUAUAGUAAACGAUUUUUAAAAUAUUUUUUUUUUAGGUAUGAUGGACAACUGACAUAACGGGUGACUUGGAUGCAUUAGGGACUCUGAACGACAUCGGAGGAACCGAUGAAACAGACAGUAUUCUGUAUCAACGGUUUUCCAAACACUCCAAGGACAGAGAAUUUAAACGUCCCGACAACUCCCCCCGGGAACCUCAACCCACACUCCAAGGACAGAGAAUUUAAACGUCCCGACAACUCCCCCCGGGAACCUCAACCCACACUCCAAGGACAGAGAAUUUAAACGUCCCGACAACUCCCCCCGGGAACCUCAACCCACACUCCAAGGACAGAGAAUUUAAACGUCCCGACAACUCCCCCCGGGAACCUCAACCCACACUCCAAGGACAGAGAAUUUAAACGUCCCGACAACUCCCCCCGGGAACCUCAACCCACACUCCAAGGACAGAGAAUUUAAACGUCCCGACAACUCCCCCCGGGAACCUCAACCCACACUCCAAGGACAGAGAAUUUAAACGUCCCGACAACUCCCCCCGGGAACCUCAACCCACUCGCUACACAUUCCAUGCCCCAACAACCAACACACAACUGUGGCCCAAGUGCAUUGCGCAGAAUCACCCCGGCCCAAGAAGGGCUACAGGGCUGAAAAUGUACGGAUUCAAGAACUGACGCUCAAUGUAUGUACAUGUUUAUAAUCCACAUAGUGUGAAUAUUGUUUCCCAUAAAGUUAAUAACCCCCUAAACCGAAAUAUGAAAUUACCUUUAGGAUCUCUUACCACCCUAUUACUUUGUGGUUCUAAUCUCCCUCUUUCAAAAUCGCCCCAGUGACCAAAUCUCUACCAUUCCCGAUCCUUCCCAUGUAUUUGAACCCUAAACCUCCCACAAUAACUAUUGUCUAUUGUUAGUCUCCGUGACCUUACUGACACUAUCCUCGUUUAAAACAGAUGGAAAUACAUUGUUGGCUACAGUUUUCAUGUCUUUCAUUAUGCAGACAUUUGUUUUAUUAGCCUAUAUUUCUCAUUGUGAAUACGGUUGUCACCCCCCUCGGAGGCUUGGUGCAGAGAAAAAGAUAUCCUGUAUGCAACAUCCUGUAUAUUUGGUUUAGAGAGCAAAGGCAGUGAAUUCAAACAACAGGAGGGGAUGUCGAGACAUUUAGUCUACAACCUGGGGGGGGGGCCCCGGGCGCUGAUUAGAGAUAUCAAUGUUUAACCCUGGGGGGGGGGCCCCGGGCGCUGAUUAGAGAUAUCAAUGU